AUGUCAUCAACUUCUCAAUUUAAAAUUUUCGCAAAAUCAAAUCUGGUUUAUGUAUCAUUAUCGAUAACUAUUGCUCGUACAUUAAAUUUUAUCGUCAAUUCACCUUUAUCAAUAUGGCAAAAAUUCCCCCCUGAACUACUCAAUUCAAAACGUUUUUACGUAUUAUUAUCUCUUGCACUUUUAUUUGUAUCAAUUCCAUUAAUUUAUUGUGGGAAUAAACUUCCACUUCACAAUAAAUCUGUAAUUAUUGCUUCAAAUUAUGGAAUAAAAUCGGUUGAUUCUCAUAUAAUUCCUCCAAAUUUGGAAAAUUCAAAUGAAAAAGAGAAAUCCUUAAGUAUUAAAUCACCCACAGCCUCACAAAUUAACAAAAAAUUAUUCAAAUGCUUCAUAAUCAUCAUCGCGAAAUGGUUAAUAUUGGAAUUUACAUCUUCUACUUACAUAAUUUCAACCAAAUGGGCAAUAGAAAUUCCGGAAAAAGUUUAUCAAGUUCGUUUAUUAAAAUUUUUUACAAAAAGAAUUAUUCCUAUUACAAUACCUUCAAUUUUACGCAUUUUUUUGCAAACGUGUAUUUAUGACUUCAAUAAAAUAUUAUGUCUUUGUUUUCAUUAUUGCAAUCAUCUUUCGUUUAUUUUUCAUUCCACUUCAGAAAAAAAUCAAUACAAGCCCAUUUUAAUUCAACAUGGUCUUCUCACCCUUACAGAAUAUGUUUCUUUAAAAGAAUGGAUGAUGACUUUUAUAUUCAAUACAAAAUCUUUAUUUAAUCAACCAUGGAUGGCAUCAAGUCCUCGUGAUUUUUGGUCUACUCUUAGGAAUUUAUUAACUACAUUUGUUCCAAGAAAAAUUGCAAAUAUGAUGGGAGUAUUGGGUGCUUUUGCUAUUAGUUCUUUAUUACAUGAAUAUAUUAUUAUUGGAAAUUAUAAUAUUUGGGCAGGUGAACAAACAUUUUUCUUUAUGAUUCAUGGUGUAAUAUUUAUAUUAUGGGAAGCUAUAUUUGGUUAUGAAAAGAAGAAUGAGAUUACAACAGCGGUUGAAAUAUGUGAAAAAUUGGACCAAACUAUACCAGAGCCUCAAAAUGGGCCUUCUCCAAAAGUUAAUCAAGAAAGUUCUUAUAUUGAAUUCAAGACGUUAAUUUGUAGAAAUGAACCUGGGAAUACUAGUUUUAUCAAUAAAGUAGGAGAUCAAGGUGACUAA